AUGUCGCGCAACACAUCAACACCAUCAACACAACUCCAGUACAGGUUCGCGCUUCUCCUCUUGUUCGGACUGGCGCACCACAUACGCGCACAGCAGAUACAAUUUGUGAAUGUGCCAGGAACAGUCACAGAGGGCACAGACGAUAUAGCAAUAUCGUGGACUGGAGGCACCCCCGGUACACCUUGGUCUGCACAAUUGGUCCAGGAUGGUCGUGUCAUUGAUGGCGAAUUGCAAGACAGUGGUGAUGAUGGCCUUGGCGCUCAAACCUUUGGUUGGGAUGUGGAGCUCGAGAAUACACCUGGCGGGUGGUACAGCCUACGCAUAAUACAAGGAACUCAGACCGUGGACUCGGCGCCCAUCAACGUUAUCGACGAGAACGGCGUCGGCGGAACCAGUCCGCCGCCUGGAUCAACACCUACAUCGAGUCCUCCCCCCAACUCUGCUCCUCCCAGCGCGUCGGCCGUGUCAACACCCGCUGACGCUGUUGGUUCUGUUUCGGCAUCGAUCGCUGCUACAGCAAGCACUCUUGUCACCACAGUCAUCUCAGGCACGACCGUUACCGCUGUCCCAGACGCAGCCGCGCCAACCGGUGGUAACAACACAACCGAUACGGCAACUGAAACGAACACUGGCGGCGGUGGCGGUCUGUCGGGCGGCGCUAUAGCGGGUAUUGUGAUCGGUGUGCUUGGUUUCCUAGGGCUGAUCGGCCUACUCGUGUUCUGUUUCGUUCGACGUCUUCGCCGCAGCAGAGCGUCGCAUCACCACCCCACGAAUGAAAAGGGUACGAGAGGCCCAACCUUUUUGACACCGGCAGCAGUCUCGGGGGUCGCACGCUCUGGCAGCGACACGCACAAAAGCGAUAUCAAGCCCGAGCUACAAGCUGACAACAAACCUCUCCACCACCAGCCCGGCAUGCACGAGAUGUCCAAUCCCAAUGCUACGGCUGCGCCAGCCAGUGCUCCAUAUGAGAUGUACUCGCCUGAUGGUAGCCGGGCGGAUGGCGAUAGAAGGGUCUCUGAGCUAUCUCAUUCAACCAGCGAUGCUUCGAGGACAGUGUACUCCGGCGGAAAUAGGUCGAGUGUUGGCGAGAUGAUGGGCAGUCCUGUUGAUGGCAGCCACGGGAGCGUCAGUCCACAAAUGGGCCAGACGGUGCCGAGGAAGGCUGUUGGCGGAGGACAAGGUGGACAACCGGCGACGAUCCAUGAGAUGGGUUGA